CUCCAGAGGAUGAAGCUGAGACCACCCAAGCAGCGCCCACCAUGACCCCUGAGCCCCCCAUCAAGCCUCGCCUGGGGGAGCUGACUGUGACUGACGCCACCCCCGAUUCCCUCAGCCUGUCCUGGACGGUCCCCGAGGGCCAGUUUGACCACUUCCUGGUCCAGUACAGGAAUGGGGAUGGGCAGCCCAAGGCGGUGCGGGUGCCGGGGCACGAGGACGGGGUCACCAUCUCAGGCCUGGAGCCAGACCACAAGUACAAGAUGAACCUGUAUGGCUUCCACGGUGGCCAGCGCGUGGGUCCCAUGUCUGUCAUCGGGGUGACAGCUGCAGAGGAAGAAACUCCUGCCCCCACAGAACCCAGCACGGAGGCCCCGGAGCCCCCUGAGGAGCCGCUCCUGGGGGAGCUGACAGUGACAGGAUCCUCCCCUGACUCGCUGAGCCUCUCCUGGACCGUCCCCCAGGGCCACUUCGACUCCUUCACCGUGCAGUACAAGGACAGGGACGGGCGGCCCCAGGUGGUGCGUGUCGGGGGCGAGGAGAGCGAGGUCACCGUGGGGGGCCUGGAGCCUGGGCGCAAAUACAAGAUGCACCUGUACGGCCUCCACGAGGGGCGGCGUGUGGGCCCGGUGUCCGCUGUGGGUGUGACAG